AAAAUGCAAAUGCUUACGAAGAAUAUCAAGGAAUGUAUGAUGAACCACAACAGAAAAUGGGAAGUGAGCAGGCACAAUUGAAUUGGGAACUAGAUGACGAAAUGUUUCAGAAACUGGGAGGUCGAAGAGGAAAGAAAGAGGGGCCAAUUAAAAUUAAAGAAAUUAACGCAGCCGAUCAAAUGGCUGAUUCAUGGCAAUAUCAAGUUGCCAAUUUGUCAAAACCGACCAGAGGAUCAAGCGAAGGAUCUGCGCGUUUAAAACCUACUAGAGGUCAGAAGAGAAAACAUAACCUAAUGUAUUUAGCUUUUCAUGCAACUGCAAUGGAAAGUGAAUUGAAAGAACAGCAUGCGUCAAAUAGAAAAACUAAGAGAGAAACACAAGCAAAAUAUG